UGGAGCAUGCAUUGAUUCGCUAUCAUCCGCUCUAAAGACUUGUGCCCAGCCUCAAGUAGUUUGCUGACUCUGUUUGUUGUAAUACAAUUAGCUGAAAGGAUAUCCCAACCCAAAACAAGAACCGUCAUAUCAGUUUCGAAGUCGCGAAAGGAUCCCGCAAAAUACCGACAAAUAUCCGCCGUGAAUCGAGAGUUCUUGUUCAUUCAGCUCAAUUCUAGACGCAAACAGUUCAGUUCCAGGAGCAUUUUCCCAGCCAACUUUUUUUCCAACUCCUCGCGCCAAUAAGCAGUGAAAGUGUCAAUACAUUUCGAGUGCUUAUUGCCAAAUCAAAUACGAUAAACAAAAAGCCAACAAGCAAAUAGUAUUCUAAGUGUUUUAGCCAACACUUUGCAUAAAUUUUUGUUAUCCUCACUAAUCACAAAACCCAACACAAAACAAAAUGAUGGCCGUUGCAGCAGCCCAAAAGAAUCGCGAGAUGUUCGCCAUCAAGAAAUCUUACAGUAUUGAGAAUGGGUAUCCAUCGCGCCGUCGCAGCCUGGUGGACGAUGCCCGCUUCGAGACUCUGGUGGUCAAGCAGACCAAACAGACCGUCCUGGAGGAAGCGCGCAACAAGGCAAAUGACGCUUCUCUGGAGGAAUGCAUUCAGCAGGCCCAGGAGCACAUCCCAGCCGAGCAGAAUGUGGAGCUGCAGGACGAGCAGCCCCAUCUCGAGAACCUCGAGCUGCCCAUGGACAACGACUACGUUCCAGUUGAAGAUUUUGAGAUUGAGAGCGCUGAGACGGAGCAGUCGCAGGAACCUGCGGGCCAGGCGCCCAAGAACGAUUACGGUCUUACCGAGGAAGAGAUUUUAUUGGCCAACUCCGCCUCCGAGUCCCCCGAGGCUGAGGCAGCCAUGCAGAGCGCCGCAUUGGUGGUGCGCCUCAAGGAGGGCAUCUCCUCGCUGGGCCGCAUCCUGAAGGCCAUCGAGACCUUCCACGGCACCGUCCAGCAUGUGGAGUCGCGUCAGUCGCGCGUCGAGGGCGUCGAUCAUGAUGUGCUCAUCAAGCUGGACAUGACUCGCGGCAAUCUGCUGCAGUUGAUCCGCUCGCUGCGCCAGUCGGGCUCCUUCAGCAGCAUGAAUCUGCUGGCUGAGAACAACAUCAGCGUGAAGGCGCCCUGGUUCCCCAAGCACGCCUCCGAGCUGGACGACUGCAACCAUCUGAUGACCAAGUACGAGCCCGAUCUCGACAUGAACCAUCCCGGAUUCGCCGACAAGGUGUACCGCCAGCGUCGCAAGGAGAUUGCCGAGAUUGCCUUCGCCUACAAGUACGGAGAUCCGAUCCCAUACAUCGCCUACACCGAUGUGGAGGUCAAGACCUGGCGCUCGGUCUUCAAGACCGUCCAGGAUCUGGCCCCCAAGCAUGCCUGUGCCGAGUACCGUGCCGCCUUCCAGAUGCUCCAGGACGAGCAGAUCUUCGUCGACCACCGUCUGCCCCAGCUCCAGGAGAUGUCCGACUUCCUCCGCAAGAACACUGGCUUCUCUCUGCGUCCGGCCGCCGGUCUCCUGACCGCUCGCGACUUCCUCGCCUCCCUGGCCUUCCGCAUCUUCCAGAGCACCCAGUAUGUGCGCCACGUCAACUCGCCCUACCACACCCCCGAGCCGGACUCCAUCCACGAGCUGCUGGGACACAUGCCGCUGCUGGCCGAUCCCAGCUUUGCCCAGUUCUCGCAGGAGAUUGGCCUGGCCUCCCUGGGUGCCUCUGAUGAAGAAAUCGAGAAGCUGUCCACGGUCUACUGGUUCACUGUUGAGUUCGGUCUCUGCAAGGAACACGGUCAGAUCAAGGCCUACGGUGCUGGUCUGUUGAGCUCCUAUGGCGAGCUGUUGCACGCUAUCAGCGACAAGUGCGAGCAUCGCGCCUUCGAGCCAGCCUCCACGGCGGUGCAGCCGUACCAGGACCAGGAGUACCAGCCCAUCUACUAUGUGGCCGAGAGCUUCGAGGAUGCCAAGGACAAGUUCCGUCGCUGGGUCAGCACAAUGUCCCGCCCCUUCGAGGUGCGCUUCAACCCACACACCGAGCGCGUCGAGGUAUUGGACUCUGUGGACAAACUGGAGACCCUGGUCCACCAGAUGAACACGGAGAUCUUGCACCUGACCAAUGCCAUCCACAAGCUGAAGCGUCCCUUCUAGAGUGGUGGUUUCUCUGUCCAAAUCUGCACCCCCCCCCCCCACAGCCCCACGGCCCCCCUCUCACAUACAUACAGGUGCAACGGUCUCAUCUUAUACAAAUUAAUUUUAAAUUGACAUACCGCACAAUCCCUCUCCCUCGUUAGCCUGAAACCUGAAACCCCAAGACAAUUCAGGGCAUCGCAUAUAUAUUUUUUUUUUUAUGUUUUUGUUUGUUUUAUUUUAUUUUAUUGUCAUUUGAAGUUCUGUUUGUUUCUUCCAAGAAAAGCAUAUUUAUUUUUUUGAUCACCCAGAAAACCCAGUACCUUCCCCCUCCCAUAAUCCACACCCCCUGUAUCACCGCAACUAUUAUUGGACCAAAAAAUCGUUAGACUUUUAAGUGAUGUGAAAACAAAGCCAAGCAAAGCGAAUUUCAGUGAAGUGAAAGCAAA